CCUAUACAAUAAAAUGAUAAAUUAGGAAGGGACAACAACAAACUCGGAUGAUAACACACCACACACACAGAUACCCAAUCCCUUCCUGUACGAGUGUACUGUAUAGACAGCGCACUCGACAUGGUAAUCUAGACCUAUGAACUCAAUUCUGCACUUUACCUACAGUCCCUCAUUCCCACCACCACCCACCAUCACCUUCACUUCAAUCCAAUUCACUCCCCACACACUCUCUCUCACUCUCACUCCCACUCUCUCAUACAUACACACUCUCUCACAGCUCAAGUUUGAGAUACCCUCACACCUCUCUCCCCGCCGCAUCUAUAAUCGAUUGGAAGGGAAAAAAAGAAAAAGAAAAAGAAACGGAAACGGAAACAGAAAUAUGCCCCAUUCGCUUGCACAAAAACUGGAAGCCUGGAUCACCAAGCGCUCGUACGAGGUCGGCUUCGGCGAUAACGGUACCUUUGUGGGGAAGAAGGUGUUGCUGCAGAAGAUACUGCGCGACAGGUUCAAGUCCGGUUUCGCUACCAUCACCGAGGAGGAGAUAAGGCUGUCCUUGGCAUCCCUGUGCGCUCAGGGACUCGCAAAGAGGUUGAAUGAUGAAGGCGCCGCCCGCGCUCGCGACUUGAGGGAUGGGGAGGAUAGGAACGGCUCGGUCAACGGCAGCACCACAUACAUGAACGGGAGCGGCCCUGCUACGGCCCCCACCGUUACCCCGGCUCCCCCCCAACCCGUUGGGCGGGAUGCACCGCCUGUGAUCACUGCUUCAAAGAGGUCUCUUGCCUUCCAACAAUGGAUUCAAAGCGUUUCGAAUCAUGGCGCUAACCCCACAUUCUACCUCGAUAGUAGCAGUCCCGAUUUCUUUGAUGCCAUUAGCGAGCCCGUUGAGGCCCGUCCCCUCGAACCGAACCCGACCGAUCCCUCUCCAAUUCUCCCCUACUGUGUCCAGCACAACAUCACUACCUCGCUGCAAUGCAUUCUCGAAGGUGCCUGCUUCAGGUUUGCCAAACGUCACGUCCCGGAGCUGCUCGCUCGGAAGCGAUGGACCUGCGCUCACUCGGCCGAACUUUCCAUGUGGACGAAGGAGUUGUCCAAGACAUUCGAGCAGAGCCCAUCCACUGUUCAUCUCGAACAGAUUGGCGGCACGGCUCAGCUCCCCUUACUGCUAAAGAGUCUCGGCGACCUCCGCCAUAGCGCUGUCCAUCGAAUACCCGUUCCGGCCGACAAACUCCUCCUGUUCAUCCGUGCCUCGCUGCAAAUGGCCGAGAUUCUGGGCGAUGAGGAGAAGCAGCUGGCCGUCAAAUCUAUUCUAUGUGCUGUCCAGUCCGCCCUCGACAAGCAGAAGGCGGAAAAGCAGAAAAUUGAGGAUUCCUUGUCCAAACAACUUCAAAGCAUUGAACUUCAAAAGAAGAAGCUGGAUAUGGAGGCUCACCAGGCCAAAAAGCAAGCCGAGGAAUUGGCCAAUCUACUGGAUGAUGAAAUGGGAGUCAUGAUAUCUCGAGAGUUACCCGGGGGCAUAGUUUCGCAUUAACCGGCUAAUUUCUCCGCAUCACAGGGUAGGUUGCAUGAAUCCCUGCCAUUCCUCUGUGUUCCCGUUUGAAAGCCCCUGCAUUCCAGAUGGACCUGUUCGGUGGCGGGCAUGCCAGGAAAUAUCUAGUGCUAACCAGGCUAACAAUAGUAUACUUUUAUAGAGACAUGUGCUCGAGUAGUGUUGUCGGUGUUAACGGCAUGCGCGGAAA